AUGUCAUUUCCGCCCCAUUCGCCAACCCCUCAAAGGAAAUUAACUUUAUCUGCGGAAUCAAAAAGGCCGAGCCAAUUUCAGGAACGGACCACCCUCACCCCCCCCCUCUCCCACAGGUACCGAGCACAUUGCGAUGCCUGCCACGUACUCCUCAUCGCCGGGGAGCUAAGCCUUCUUGUAGAGCCAAAUCCACAACUCUCGAUCCUGAGCCUACCGCUGCCUCGUCCUCCAGUCAAUAUCCCUUCUUUCAAAGGCCUCCUUGACACUGACCUCCCAGGUCUUCCUGGGCCUUCCCUGAGGUCUUCUUCUCUCCACUUUACUUUCCAACUCUAUCCUGGCCAUUCGAUUCUCUGGCAUUCGAGAGACAUGACCAAACCAUCUCAAAUUUAA